AUGAGAUGGAAAAGCAUCAACCGUCUGGGAUCAAAAGUAACGCUGGUCAGUGCAGCUAACAUACCAGGCCUCAAUACUCUCGGCGUCUCCUUGGCACGACUUGAUUUUGCACCUACGGGGCUCAACCCGCCAGACACUCAUCCACGUGCAACCGAGAUCCUAACAGUGCUAGAAGGAACGCUCUAUGUCGGAUUUGUGACAUCAAACCCCGAUAACAAACUCUUCACUGAAGUCUUCAACAAGGGUGAUGUGUUUGUGUUCCCUCGGGGACUCGCUCACUUUCAGUUUAACACUGGUUACACAAGUGCUAUCGCGAUUGCAGCAGGACUUGGUAGCCAAAACCCAGGUGUGAUGACAAUAGCUAAUGCAGUUUUCGGAACAAAACCUCCUAUUUCUGACUAUGUUCACGCCAAGGCAAUCCAGAUUGACAAGAAGUUAGUGGACUGGCUCCAAGCUCAGUUUUGGAUGGACAAUAAUUUUGACUGUGUCCAGUGA